AUGUCAGACUCCCCACCAUUUUAUCCCAGCGGCGGCAAGUCUCAAACGUCAACCCCUCAGGCCAGCCUACACACCUGUGAGCCUUGUGGGACCUCCUGCCAACAGAUGGCAGAAUCACAGACUAAAGCGGGCGGGGAUGUCUGCUUCACCCAGCAAGGGAGCAACACCUUCAGCUUGAGGACUGCAGCUGGAAACAGGAGGCACAGUGCUGAUGGGACCAUUGGUUCAGGGUCAAGAUCAGCACCAGCACGAGGUGCCGUUGACUCUAACCGUUUCCAUCCUUACCAUCGACAGUUCAGCGAUGGAGCAGUAACAGCUGCAGGUUGUCUCCCUCAGUGCUCGUCUUCCUUCAGCUAUCCGCAGGAGGCGUGUGGCCCUGAUACUCAUUCACACAGCUCAAGCGGCGAGGCACCAACAUCCUGGGACCACUACAAUGGCAGUGUUCGGAGUUUGUACCCAGAACUACCAGCUGUACCAGUAGAGCCCUCCUGCUUCCAGACUCAAAGCUAUCCACCCUACAGCUCAUCGAGCCCUCUUCAACAGGUCUCACCUAGACUGUACCCUAAUAAUGACCAGUCCAACAGCCCAAAAUAUUCUCUCUCCACUCAAUCACACCAGGAGAGCACCAACCAGCCCCUCUUUCCCAAGCCCAUUUACUCAUACAGCAUCUUGAUCUUCAUGGCUCUGAAGAACAGUAAAACGGGAAGCCUGCCAGUCAGUGAGAUCUACAGCUUCAUGACUGAACACUUCCCCUAUUUCAAGACGGCUCCUGAUGGGUGGAAGAACUCUGUGCGUCACAACCUCUCCCUGAACAAGUGCUUCGUGAAGGUGGAGAACAAAAAUGGAAACUCGUCCCGUAAAGGCUGCCUUUGGGCACUCAAUCCAGGCAAGGUGGAGAAAAUGCAGGAGGAGCUGCACAAGUGGCGUCGCAAGGACCCCGUCACUGUUCGCAGGAGCAUGGCGAAGCCAGAAGACCUUGAUCGUCUAUUGGGAGAGAGGCCGGGCAAGCUCAGGCCUUUGCCACCUUACACCAACCCAGCGUUGAUAUCAAGAGUUGCCACUAUCUACAGCACAACCUCAUCAUCCUGCACCCAAGCACAGCUUCAAACACCCUGCCCACCUAUUCGGCACUCACAGUAUGCAAAUAUGCAAACUCAGCAGCCUUCCUACCUUCCACCCACCGCUGCAGCUCACCCCAGCAACUCCUUUGCCUUAUACUCACCCUGUGGACAGCCAACAGUUACUGGAAGCCUGAACUCACCCUUGGCUGCUACGAUGCCACCUGUUUACAGUGCUGCCCUGCAGGCCGACUACAGUAUCGGCCACAAGAGCAUACAGGACUUUUUGUUGGAAGGAGACGCCAGUUACGACAUCGAUGCGCUCAACCCCAGUCUGAUUGACCUGCAGCUGCAAGGUAACUUGUGGGAGGAGUUAAGGAAAGACAGCAUGGUAUCUGAUUCACAAGUCACUACCACAACCCGGUCCACUACGUGUGCCCUGCAGGACCACCACGUCCUGAACAGCUGCCUGCAGGUCUCGCCUCCUGUCAGUCAGACACCAGAGGUGAUGGCUGUCGGUCGACAAAAAGCAGAGUGUGAGGACGAAAACACAAGCACCGGACGAAGCUUAGAGCAGCAUGGCUGUUUGAAUGGACUGCAUCCUGUGGUUUAUUCGGGGGUGGAGAGUCUGGCUGGGUAUCUGAGCUCCUGUACCACAUCCAUCUCCUUAAUGUAAAGACCUGACUGUUUGGGCUCUUUCACACUUCCUGACCAUCUGUGUACCACAUCACCCGGAAUGAUGUAUGUUGUUGCAGGCAGCUUCAUCCCACAGUAUUAGCUUGGUGGUUGUUUAACCCAUCAAAUUCUUUGUUUACCACUGUGUGACAACGUCUGUGGAGGAACUAGUUAUAAAGUUAUUCACAGUUUGAAUCCACUGUCACGAACAAGUUCAGCUCUUGUUAUAUUGUUUUGUUUGUUUCAGUACAUAUUUCUUUCCCCACAAUUUUUUUUAUUACUACUUAUUACAUUUAUAAAUACCAAAAGGUUUGAUAAUUGGAAAAGUGAAUAGGAAAACACUUGAUAAAUUAAAAUUGUAAUUACAUUUCUCAUUGUAAUAUCUAUUGUUGCAUAUAUUUGUAAAUGUAACAAUAGAGUAUUUGUAAAUGUAUUUGUAAAUGUAAUCUAUUGAUUUGCCUUUUGCCAACUGUAUUCUCAAAUUGAUUUUCAAAUUUCUCAUUACUGUGAUAUUAAUUGAUCCAUUUUUUAUUUUUAAGUCAUUCUAAAACAAUACAAAUUGUUGUCAUUUGUAAAUCAAUUUUCAUACUCAGUAACAAUGUAUCUAGUCCCACGUUUUCAGUCCCUCCAUAUUUAGUUUUAAAAACACACAUAAAUUGUUAGAGGAUGUCCGCUGCAUAAGCACCAUUCCAUGUACUAGGUGCAACCUGGAACAAAUGUACAGGAUUGUCAUGCCGUGGUAUGUGAACUGAUUAAAUUCUCCCUUUUAUUGUUUUGAUAACUAUGUAUUUUCCCCAUGUGGAUCUAAAGGGAGCCCGUUUAGGUGGUUGUGACUAACUAACAGAAAGGCUGCUUUAGUCAUCACACAGUCAGUCUUUGAUUAGAUUCA